AUGGUCCCCUCCUGGAAACCAACAGUCCAACAAAAACGGUCCCGCCAACUCGCCGCCAUCCCACCCUCCUGGCGACUCUCGACGCCAAUAACAACGUCGCAAACGACUCUCGAGACAAUCCGCUCCUGUAACAUUCUCACUCCCCGGGAGCUCCAAUGGACUGAAACUACAGACGUCGCGAAAUUACUCUCCCUUCUCGCUUCUCGGGAGGUGAGCAGUGCCCAGUUGACCACGGCAUUCUGUAAACGGGCCGCUGUCGCGCAGCAGUUGACUAAAUGUCUGACGGAGAUUUUCUUUGAUCGGGCGUUGGCCAAGGCUCAAGAGUUGGAUGAGUAUCUUGGAAGAACGGGGAAGACGGUUGGGCCGUUACACGGGUUGCCGGUUUCGAUCAAAGAUCGGUUUGAUAUUGAGGGGUAUGAUACUACUGUUGGAUGGGUAGGGUUGGUUGGAAAACCGGCCCAGAAAUCCAGUUCGAUUGUGCAGAUGCUCGAGUCGAUGGGUGCCGUUCUUUACGUUAAGACGAAUGUCCCCCAAUCUCUAAUGAUGUCCGACUCAUAUAACCACGUCUUUGGUCAGUCAAUCAACGCAUUCAACUCCAAACUCAUCUCCGGCGGUAGUUCCGGAGGUGAAGCAGCCCUUAUCGGAGUCCGAGGCAGUAUACUAGGAAUUGGCACAGAUAUUGGGGGGUCGAUUCGGAUCCCAGCCACUUUGCAGGGCCUCUAUUCUAUCUGUCCGACGACUGGUCGAGUACCGUGGCAUUGCUCAUUUAUGAAUCAGUAUUACCUCGUUCCACCCGUGGCAGGUCCAAUGGCCAACUCCCUAAACACUGUGGAAUACUUCAUGCAGAGUUUGCUCGACUCGAACCCCUGGGACAUUGACCCGGGUUGCAUUCCGGUCACGUGGAGGAAGGAUGUAGCGACAUUUCCGGACCGGAAGCUGAGAGUCGGUAUCGUCUACGAUGAUGGAGUUGUCAAGCCCCAGCCGCCAAUUGCCCGCUUACUUCGAGAGACCGCGAAAAAGUUGAAACAAGCGGGUCAUGAGGUUAUUGAAUGGGACACAUCCCUACACAUCCAAGCCACGAAUCUCUGGACGAAGGGCGUUCUAGCCGAUGGAGGCCAGCACUGCAAGCAUCUCUGCGACUUGGUAGGCGAACCUCUAAUCGAGGGCAUGCUCGUAGGCACACCAAACGACCAGCUCUCUAUCCCAGAACGCGAAUUGCUCGAAGAAGAAAAGUGGUCCUUCCAAACCACCUUCCUCAACCACUGGCAAGCCUCCAAUAUCGAUGCCCUCCUCAUGCCCGUCCUACCAUGGGUAGGCUAUCCACCAAAAGCCUGGGUCACCAGCUCGCAGUGGCUUGGUUACACGGCUAUCUGGAACUUGUUGAAUUAUGCUGCUGUUACUGUUCCUGUUGGGAAGGCAGAUGUUGAGCUUGAUCAGCCGGGGGAAGAAUGGGUGGGACAUGUGCCGAGGAAUGAGUCGGAUGGGUUUAAUCAUGCACAGUAUGAUAUCGAAUUGGUCAAAGGCAUGCCGGUUUGUUUGCAGAUUGUUGGGGGAAGCUUUGGGGAGGAGAAGGCGGUUUCUGUGGCUAAAGUUGUGGAUCAGUUAAUGAAUUAG